AUGGGCAAGAACAAGACGUUGGAAGUCAAGAAUUUCAAGAAGACGGAGCGAGCGGCUGUGGCAAGUGGAAAGGAAAUCAAGCGCAACAAGAACGUUUUAAAGCGAAAGGAGUCGAGUCAAGUUGAAAAAGCACAACUUGCGGAGACGCAAAGUCAACUUGCUGCGAAUCAACGUUUGAUGCAGCAGCAACCCCUACCGGUUGCGCAUCAGCGCGAUCCGGAACGAAGAGUGGAAGGAUUGUCCAUGCCGUCGUAUCAUGGAAAUCUUAAUGAAAGUAUUGGAUUGUAUAUCCACCGUGUUCGAACGUUCUUUACGGCGAAGAGCCUGGUCUAUGCGAACGACUCUGAAAUCGAGACGCGCUGCCUUGCGAUGGUUGUGGCAAACCUCAAAGGGCAAGCGGCGGCUUGGUAUCAAGAGUUGGCUUCCCGUGAAGGAGGCAGUAAAAUCACAACAUUUGUAGAGUUCGAAGAAGCACUCCGUGAAGAGUUUGAACCUGAUGACCUACAAGAGCGGUUGCGCGAUAAGCUCUUUGGGUUGCAUCAGAGAACCUGCAAGGACAUUAUGAUGUAUGUCGAGCAGUUCCGUCGCUUGUGCACGGAUAUCAAGCAAAUGUCCGAGUUGGACAAAGUGACGUUCUUUAUCGGCGGUCUGAAGUUGAAGACUCGCGAGGAAGAUAAGUAUCGGCAAUGCAAGACUCUGACUGCAGCGAUGAAAGUGGCAUUGGAGUACGAAAGAGCACACGCAGAGUCUUUGGGCAUAAGUGUUCAAGGGAAGCGGAACCGUUGGAGUCGUUUCGAGGAAGAACACAGCAGAUCGUUACCGAAACGACGCGAAUUACAGGAGUCUAUCGACAUGGAGGUCGACAACUUGAACGUGCGAGAAACGUCUAAGAGGAAGGACCGUAGUAAAAUUCGUUGCUACAACUGCCAGAAGCUGGGGCACUACUCAUCCGAGUGCCAGAAGCCCAAAACGAUGAUCUCAAGUCAGGAGCCACACACUCGUCAAGUGAACUUGGAAUUCCACGAGGAAUCGACGACUAAUGACGAUUUGGAAAAUAUCUCCCUUGGAAAUUUUAAGACUGCAGACGGCAAAGCACAGGCUGAGGCUCAGUGCAAAACGAUCCGAGCAGCGGAUCAACGGUUCAUGAUAAAGCCAGGAGUAAUGAAUGGCAAUGCCGUGAAUGUCAUGAUCGACAGUGGCGCAACUACCUCACUCUGCCGCGUUGGCAUGGGGUCAUGUGUUGUGCGUGAGAAGACCGUUCGAAUUGCGGGGUAUGACAAUGUGGUCUCGGACCCGACCCGAACGCGCGAAGUUAAAUAG